AUACCCUCUUUUUUUUGCGGUCAUUCCCAAUUGGGAAAUGUAUGAAGGAUUUACCACAUUUUGUAAUCUAUCACCACCCACUUUUCCAUUGUAACCAUUAGUUGCUUAUUAAUGAAUAAUACUAACAAUUCUGCAAUGAAUCCUAAUACCAAUACUAAUACUAAUACCAAUACCAAUACCAAUAAUAACUCUAAUAUUAAUUCGGGUUCUAAGAGUAAUUAUUAUGAUACUCAAAAUUAUAGUGGGGCAAGUGUCACCACUUCUCGUUCGAAAUCUAAUCCUAAUUUGACAGCCGGAUUAAUGGGUAAUUCAAAUUUUAAGAGAAAAGAUAAUUCUAAUUCUGGUGGUGGAAGAAGUCUGAGUUUUAGUGCAGGAACUGUAGGUUCUAGUGGUAGUGGUAAAGUUAUUAGUGGAUAUCAUAAGGGAGGUAUUUCUACCACUAAUGCUUCUGGAGGAACUUCAAAUGCCAUAAACUCUAAGAAAACAGUUAGUGGUAAAAAGGGGGGUGCAAGUGGAAAGAAUAGUGGUACUCAGAAUGACAAGAAUAUAUCACCAGUAGCCAUUAAUGUAGCCGAUAACGAAGUUGCAAAGGUUUCUUCAUUCUUAGCAAAUAUUCCAAAUAUUGAUGAAUUUAUCGAUCAAGUAUUGAAUAAGGAUCUUGAAGCAGAAGAUAACUUACAAGCAAAGUUAGAGAAUAAUAUUCGCUUCUUAUCUACAUUCAAUUUUGAUAUUUAAAUGCAAUGAAUAAUGUUAAUUUUUAUAUAUAUAUAUGGUAUGUUGAAUAUAUAACAUA